CGGAGAAGGGGUAGUACGGAGAAAUGACCGCUACCAGUGGAAUCGCCGGGUGUGGAUGAAUAAAUGUUGAAACCAGCUCGGGUUGUGCAACGGUGUGAUUAGAAGCCGACUGGAUCAUGGCUCGAGUCGUGAAAGUGCUCCGUACUCUCCGGACCCAUUGGAAAAAGUCAACCUUCGCAGUGUGUGUGCUGUCUUACGGCGGUCACUGGUUAUAUGGAAAACACUGUGAUAACGUGCUGCGAAGAGAAGCAUGUCUGGAAGCCAGGGAAUUUGGGCGUCAGCUGAUCUCACCCCAGGAACAGCUGAAGAAGGCCACGGUCAUUCUGAACCCGGCAGCCAGCAAGGGCAAAGCCAACAGACUGUUUGAGAAGAAUGCAGCUCCCCUUUUGCAUCUGGCUGGCAUGGAGGUGAAAGUUGUGAAGACAGACUACGAAGGCCAGGCCAAGAAACUGAUGGAACUGAUGGAGCAAACUGACAUGCUGAUUGUUGCCGGGGGCGACGGCACUCUGCAAGAGGUGAUCACCGGAUUACUGCGCAGAGCUGACCAGGCUUCAUUCAGUAACACCCCCAUUGGGUUCAUCCCCCUGGGCUCCCAGAAUUCCUUGAGCCAGAGUCUGCAUUCUCAGACCGACAACAAGGUCAAACACAUCAUUUCAGCAACCCUAUCCAUUCUGAAGGGGGACACAGUGCCUCUGGAUGUGCUACAGAUCCAGGGGGAGAAGGAACCAGUAUUUGCCUUGAUAGGGCUGCGCUGGGGUGCUUUCAGGGACGUUGCCAGCUCCAUCAGCAAAUAUUGGUAUCUUGGCCCACUGAAGACAAUGGCAGCACACUGGUUUAGUACAUUAAAGGAGUGGCCUCAAAUACACCAGGCAUCACUGUCCUACCAGGCCCCCAUACCCCGCCCACCUGAGGAGCCUGAAGUCAAGCCCCCUCGCCCCUCCCUUAUCUACCGCAUCAUCCGCAGACUCAAGCUCUACUUUAACCCCCCUGUUGAGGAGCCCCCUAAAGAAGAAACACCAGAGCCCUGGGAGGAGCUACAGAUCUCCACAGUGGAGCUGUCAAUCAAGACACACAACAAGAACCCUGUCCUUCGGCGUACAGAGGACUCCAUGCAGGUGUGUGUGGAGCCAGAGACCAUGACUGUGGGGGAGUUCAUCACCAUCGGGAGUGAGAAGGUGCAGGACCCCACACUGUGCACCGCCCGUGGCCGUAAGUUGGAGGCCAGCGUCUGUCGGCUUUCCCUACCCCAGGAGGGCGCCGGUUUCUACAACAUCGAUAACGAGGAGUACGAGGCCAUGCCUGUGGAGGUGAUGCUGUUGCCAAGGAAACUGCGGUUCUUCUGCAGCACGGAGCGCAGGCAGCAGCUGCUGUUGCAGACACACUGAGGGAGCAGAGGCUUUUGGGACAGGAGCAGGACAAGGGCCACAAACACUCUCUGUUCCUCUCUGUGCCUCCCUCACCCUCGCAAGCCCUGCAGACCAAUCCCAGAGGCACACAAGAACUCACCCUCCUCCCGUACGGCAUCGGUCAAUCAUGAGAGGCUGCUCUUAAAUUAAAGCAACAAUUAAAAUGUGAUCAUGGAAAAGCAGCAGGAUCUUCAUCCAAACUGUGUUGUCUACAGUCAUGAAUUCCUAACUGUACUGGUAAGCUGAACCACCCAGUUCACAUCUGCCUCUAUUAACCAUGUGGGUAAAGUAAUUCAGCAAGUUUGUCUUUAACUUGUUUUGUUCUAUAUAACUAAGAUAUAAUGCACCAUUUUUUUAUUAUUC